AUGGCCGCGCUGCGAGGUCUCCUGCGGGGUCGGCGCUGCAGCCUGCCCGGCUUCGGCGAGCCUGCGAGCGGCCGGCGGGCGCGGGGCUUCGGGGCCGGCGGCGGGCGCGGCGGGGCGCCGAGCGGGCUGGGCGUGGCGGCGGCGGGGGCUGCCGGCGGGGCGCUCGCCUGGUUCCUCUGCCGGCGCUUCCACGGACGGCCCGGCGAGCGGGGCUCGGAGGAGCGGCGGCCGGCGCUGGGCGGCGGGGCCUGCCGGGCGCGAGGAGGAGGAGGAGGAGCCGGGGAGGCCGCCCGGGGCCGAGGGCUGCUGCCCAUCCCCGUGGCGGCGGCUGCCAAGGAGACGGCGGGCACAGAGAACAGAUCAGAUUAUGAAGAUUUAGGUCUUUAUGCAACAUCCCGGGAGCAGCGGUUUCGUAUGUUUGCUAGCUUAGAAUUUGAAGGGCAGCUGUUCAUGACACCGUAUGAUUUCAUUCAGUCUGUUACAAAUGAUGAACCAAGAGGAAAAAACCAAUGGAAGUCCCUUUCAAAACAGGAAUUGAAUCAAAUACUUAUAGAAACUCCACCAGUUUGGAAAGGAUCAUCAAAGCUCUUUCGGAAUCUUCAGGAGAAAGGUGUGAUUUCUUAUACAGAAUAUUUGUUUUUGUUAUGUAUCUUAACAAAGCCACAUGCUGGUUUUAGAAUAGCUUUCAACAUGUUUGAUACAGAUGGAAAUGAGAUGGUGGAUAAAAAAGAAUUCUUGGUGUUACAAGAGAUAUUCAGGAAGAAAAAUGAGAAGAAAGAAAGAAAAGGAGAUGAAGAGAAAUGCGCCAUGCUGCGUCUUCAGCUAUAUGGAUAUCACACUUCUACUAAUACCGUGCUUAAAACAGAAGGAGAGAACCUUGUUCCAAGAAGCUAUUGGGAUACUCUGAGACGUAGCACCAGCCAGGCGCUUUUUUCGGACCUAGCAGAGCGUGCAGAUGACAUCGCCAGUUUACUGUCUGAUACUACACUGCUGAUACACUUUUUUGGCAAGAAAGGAAAGGCUGAACUUAACUUUGAAGACUUUUAUAGGUUUAUGGAUAACCUUCAAACUGAAGUUCUUGAAAUAGAAUUCCUUUCCUACUCUAAUGGUAUGAAUACUAUCAGUGAGGAAGAUUUUGCUCAUAUACUUUUAAGAUAUACAAAUGUUGAAAAUACAUCAAGCUAUCUGGAAAAUGUGCGUUGCAGUAUGCCAGAAGAGCAGGGUAUUACAUUUGAUGAAUUCAGAUCAUUUUUCCAGUUUUUGAACAAUCUAGAAGAUUUUGCAAUUGCAAUGCAAAUGUAUAAUUUUGCAAAUCGUUCAAUUGGACAAGAUGAGUUCAAGCGUGCUGUAUAUGUUGCUACGGGUUUGAAGCUUUCAGCGCAUUUAGUGAAUACAGUCUUCAAAAUCUUUGAUGUAGACAAAGAUGAUCAGCUGAGCUACAAAGAAUUUAUCGGUAUUAUGAAAGACAGAUUGCAUCGAGGAUUCAGGGGGUACAAAAGCAUACAGAAAUACACCACUUUCAAAUCCUGUGUGAAGAAGGAACUCAAUAGCAGAUAAAAAUGGAAUGUCUUUGCUGAACAGUGUUUGAAACCCCAAGUACAUUUUGAAGGACUACUAUGUUUGUGUGAUAACUAACAAGCAAGCACUUCAGAAAGGUUUGGAAGUUUUGAGAUCUGCUGAGCUGAACGCAAAGACAAUUCCACCUUGGAUUACCAUAAUUGCACUUUUUUUUUGCCUUGGAAAAUAUGAGGAAAGAGAGCAGUAAAUAAGCCAAACAUCUACCAUCUGUAACCAUGUACAACAUUUCAUCAUUUUCAGCUACAAUCCUGCAACUUGUCUGCUAUCAUUAUAAGCUUUAUUCAUUUUAUUAGGAUGAGAGACAGUGACACGGAAAGUCAUCCUAUUAGGAUUUAUUUUUUAUAAACAGCCAUGUGUUAUAUUUAAAGAACACUUUUACAAGUAGCAACUGGAUCUGCACCCACAUGGCAGUUUCAAAAAGGUUGAAGUCCUGUUUAUCACCUGUUUGGUGAGGAAGAAAAAAUGCCAGCCUUUCACUCCCUUUUCCAAAUACCUAUGUGAUAGAAUUUAACCUUUUCUUUCUUUCCAUUUUUAAAAGACUUGGCAUGCACCGUGCCAGUUAUUGGUACAGUGAGGAACUACACUUGCGGCGUCCAACUGGGGAUAAGCCUGCUGCAUGUGCAAUUCCCCAGGCUGUACCUCGCUGUUUCACUUUAAAUGUAUUGGUUACAAAAGUCUGUAAAAAUGUGAAUGUAUUCUAGGAAUGUAUUUUUAAUUGUGUGGUAUUUAUUUUGUUUUCAAAUAACAAUGCUUUUGCUUAGUAUAUUUUUACACUAGUGAAUGUGCCUUUAAUAACAGCCGUGGAAAAACUGUUUCCAUGAGAUGUUAUAAUAAUGUGAACAUAUCUUCAGUAGGAAAUGGGAGAUGAAGCUUGAUUUGUACCAGAAGACAAUAACUUUAUAGCAGAAAGCUAUAAGGGGCUGGAUCCAGACAAAUUUUUCUGCUAAUGGGAGGAGUAGGGUAAUUUCUACCAAUUCCUUCUUCCUGAUGCAAACUCCCAAUUUGCCCCUUGUCCCGAAGAAACAGCAUUUUUGGGAGAUGGGUGGGCUGCAGCAGGAGGGGAAGAUGCAGGAAUAUUCUGUUCCAUUGACAGAAGUGCCCUGCGUGAACAGAAAAUUUAGUCUAGUUCAGGACUUUUUUUCAGUAGGAACACAGUAGAACGGCGUUCCGGAACCUCUUAAAAAUG